AUGUUUAAUGUGAACAAAAUACAUAGUCAAAUGCGAGUCGGUCAUUUUGAACUAAUUGUUCGACAAAUUUAUCCAUCUUCUGUAAAAAAUAGAAAUCGUGAAUCCAUAAACAUUUCUUAUUUUGGAAAUAUUGUUAUCAGCUAG